AUGGAGGAGCUUCUUAGAGAGCAAGUAUUCAAUGCUAUUGUUUCAUUCCUUCAGAGAGAAAGGUUACCUGCAAGCGCAAAUCUUUUGCGAUUUGAAGCUUGCCAGGUAACUGCACCAAGUACCGACAAGCUAACAGGCAGCAGGUCGGGUGGUGUUGCGGCAGCAGUUGCGGGUUCCCGGUCACUUCCCAGUCAGGAUGAAGGUGGUGGCGGAACCGCUUUGGAAGGUGUUUCUGGUCGAAGUACGUUGCGAUUCGCAGCGGGUACUGCGAACAGUCCUGAGCCGUUGGAACUUGAUCCAUUUCUUGUCGGGAGCGCGGUUCUCUACGGGGUGGAGGAGGCGCUGGCGCUCGAGCUCUCCGCUGAGCGUCUCUUACAGGCGCUAGAUGAAGCCAGCGCGGUGCGCAAACGAAGGCGUCGCUUCUUUACGAGCGAGGUAAGCACGAGCACUGCUGCUGUUGACCACGCCCGGGACGAACACAUGCGCCCAGCUUGCUGUGCAGUUCAUGCGGCGCUAGCGAGAGCUCCUGGGUCCCUUGGGAGUGCACGAGAAGCGGCACUGGAGUCACGGGGCUCUUUGUUGGCUGCAAACUUGCAAGUUGCCGAAGCUACAUCUUCUGAUGAAGUUCGAUAUGAAGUCGGAUCUGGCGCUUGCGCCUCACCCGAAUCAGGAAGAGUGCAUGCGGACCCCGCGCAACCGCAUCAAGAGCGUACGUCGCAGCGCGGUUGUACCGGUCGACUGGAGAACGACGGGAGGCGAGGAAAGCCCCAAAUGGCCGUACCAGCCUCAAAUCUCCAUAGCAACUCAGAGGAUAGGCGCUCGACAUUCCGUGUUUCCGAAACCUGUCAACUUGGUGAGGCACCAUGCGAGCCCGCGGGCGCCACGGCAUCAUUGCGGCAGCUCGCUGAACGAAGGCAAUCCUUCACUCGUGAACGACCGGAUUGUGGAGGGAUGCAUGAAACAUCGCCCCGAUGCGUCUGCUCGAAUGCAGACGGGGCUCAAUCGUCUGAAACGCCGCAAAGCGCGGUAAAUGAAGCGCACCAUGCGGCAGUCGAAAGCGUUGCAGUGACGACAAGGGCAGCACAUGCAUCGCCAAGGGCGACCUCGGACACCACCGUUGCCGCUGCGGCUGUGGUCGAUCAUCCCGUUGCUGCUGUGCGCUUGCAGCAGAACGAGUCCGUUGCGGCAGAAGCCGCCAGAAGGCCGCCGAAUGCAACCACCACCAGCACCAGCACCAUCCCAGCAACCCUAACGACACAAGAUAACGAGAGCAACGCUGGAAAAGCUAUCGGGGAUGCAAGCGUCGCACAGACGCGUUUGUGGCCGGGUCCCGGUACAUUACACUUCAUGCGACACAGCGAUAUGUCGAGUACAAGCUCAGCUGAAGCUACGCCGACCGAGCCGCCGCCCGGACGUCUGCGGGCGAGUCCGUGCUCAGACGCACGUGCUACCGCGUCGACACUGCAAGCUUCUGUAGUUCCGCCCGACAAUACCAGACGCGGGCGCGAUACCCCAGCGAUUGUGACACCGCCCGCAAGAAACGGGUCCGGAACGCGUCCCUCACCUGUCACUCCGGUGCUGCAAGGUGCCACGACGUCUCGUGAGCGCGCUGGGAGCUCGGCGCUUGCGGACGAUCAGCAGUCCGAAACGCGAACAAGACCGGAACUCCCCGCAACACGUUUCGAAACGGGAUUCAGCAAGGACAAACUGCGCAAGCUCCAGGAUCUGGAUAUUGAUGCAUUUCUCACGAACAAGGUGUACGCACGACAGCGCAACGAUCGUUCCCGCGUUUCCUAA